AGUUCUAAUCCCCAAAAUUUCAAUUUUUUCCUCAUAAAAAGAAAUAAAAAUAAAAUAAAAAAGGGCAAAUGGUUAUACAGAAAACGAUGGGUUCCUCUUUCCCAUACUUUCUCUGCAACUGACAUAACCGUUUCGUCUUGUUCCCCAGUGCUCACCACCCCCAAUUUCUGCCUCCUUUUCCAACUUCUCAUAUACAUACACAUGUAAUAUCCUAUACGUACAGCUUAUAUAUGUAUGUAUACGCGUGUAUAAUGUGACCCCCUUUUCUCCAAUUGCUCGCCGCUUACUUCACCCCCCACCCCCUCCAUCCCUCAAUUUUCCCUCCUUUAUCGAUCAAAAGGUUUGCUUUUUCCGCUUUUGCUUUUGCCGAUUUCAGCUUAAAAGCUAUAAAUUUGCAUCGUAUAGUAUUUCUGUAUGUAUGGAUUUUAUUAGCUGGUAAUAAUAAGAAGAAAUGAAAAUGGGGCUGCGCUUUGGGAAAGUGGCCGCGUACGCGGUGUUGAUUUUCGCUACUCUGAAUUUAUUUCAAAUUCGCGGCGAAAUUCCGACAACCCUAGACGAGCCGUUCGAUCCCGUCACUGUGCCGUUGGAUAAGAGUUUCAGGGGAAAUGCAAUUGAUUUGCCUGAUAGUGAUCCUAGGGUUAAAAGGACCGUUCUAGGGUUUCAUCCCGAACAAAUCUCUGUCUCGCUUUCUUCCACUUUUGAUUCUGUCUGGAUUUCCUGGAUUACAGGGGAAUUUCAAAUCGGAGAAAACGUAAAGCCGUUGAACCCGAAAACCGUUGCUAGUGUAGUUCACUACGGAAAGUUAAGGUUCCCUAUGACCCACAAAGCAAACGGAGAAUCGCUCGUGUACAGUCAGCUUUAUCCUUUCGAAGGCCUCCAAAAUUACACUUCUGGGAUUAUCCACCAUGUUCGUCUUAUGGGAUUAGAGCCAAGUACACUGUACUACUAUAGAUGUGGAGAUCCUUCAGUUCAGGCGAUGAGUGAUAUAUACUAUUUCAAGACAAUGCCGAUUUCUAGUCCGAAAAGCUAUCCGGGUAGAAUAGCUGUUAUCGGAGAUUUAGGUCUUACGUACAACUCAAGUUCAACAAUCGAACAUUUGAAAAGGAACAAGCCCGAUUUAAUUCUAUUGGUUGGAGAUGUUUGCUAUGCUAACUUAUAUCUCACUAAUGGAACUGGUUCGGAUUGCUAUUCUUGCUCGUUUUCGGAUACUCCUAUACACGAGACUUUUCAGCCUCGCUGGGAUUAUUGGGGCAGAUUUAUGCAGCCACUGAUAUCGAAAGUUCCGAUAAUGAUGGUGCAAGGGAACCACGAGCUCGAAGAACAAGCUGAAAACAAGACUUUUGUGUCCUACAGUUCUCGAUUUGCAUUCCCAUCUAAAGAAAGUGGAUCUUCUUCCAAAUUCUACUAUUCGUUUAAUGCGGGUGGGAUACAUUUUAUAGUACUCGGUGGAUAUGUUGCGUAUAACAGAUCAGAUGAUCAGUAUAAAUGGUUGGAAAAGGAUUUAGCUAAUGUUGAUAGAGAAGUUACACCGUGGUUAGUCGCCACGUGGCAUCCCCCGUGGUACACCACGUACAAAGCACAUUACAGAGAAUCGGAGUGUAUGAAGGUAGCUAUGGAAGAUUUGCUGUACCAAUAUCGUGUUGACAUAGUCUUCAACGGGCAUGUACAUGCAUACGAAAGGUCAAACAGAGUGUAUAACUACAGCGUCGACCCAUGUGGGCCCGUUUACAUAGCAAUUGGCGAUGGUGGAAAUAGAGAAAAGAUGGCGAUUUCGCAUGCAGAUGAUCCUGACAGCUGUCCAGAGCCGUCGACCACACCAGAUGCAAUUAUGGGCGGUUUCUGCGCUUUCAAUUUCACAGCGGGUCGCGCUUCUGGUAAAUUCUGUUGGGACCAACAACCUGAUUAUAGUGCUUACAGGGAAUCCAGCUUUGGCCAUGGCAUCCUCGAGGUGAAGAAUGAGACACAUGCUCUGUGGACAUGGCAUCGAAAUCAGGACAUGUACAAUAGAAUCGGAGAUCAGAUUUACGUUGUUAGGCAGCCUGAGAGAUGUCCUGUUCAAAGUGAGGUAAUUGAAUUUUGGGGAGCACAAAAUUUGCAAAAUGUACCUUCCUCAGUUUCUAGUGACUGAAUUAGGUUAUAAAAAAAAAAGAAGAAAUUUUGAGAUUCAACGAAACCCGAUAUUUCGCUAGUUUGAUGUACAUAUUGUCUGAUUGUCCGUAACGAUGUAAAUGAAAAACAGGGUAUUGUCGUUUGGCAGCUGGAAAAUAGUAAAAAUCACAAGAUUGUCGAUCA